CUGUGACGCCACCAGCCGAAGUGGGGAGCCGAGUCGCGUCUGCUAAAGCUAGCUCCGUCCGCUAUCUUCAACGGCAGUCAGCCCGCUGCUGGCUGCAAGCUUCAACUUUUUUUUUCUUCAGGAAAACAACUUUUGGACGACACUUCAAUUACGAUACAAGACACCCUCCUUUAAAAGCAAUGGCGUGCGGAGCUACCCUGAAGAGAACCAUGGAUUUCGAUCCGCUCCUGAGUCCCGCUUCCCCCAAAAGACGAAGGUGCAUGCCCGUGUCUCCGUCGUCCUCGUCCCCCAGGAAGUAUCUGAGCAUGGAGCCUUCGCCAUUCGGGGAGUCAUCCUCUAGACUGAGCGCAGAACAAAUACUUCACAGCAUUAAGCAAGAGUACAAACGCAUACAAAAGAGGAAGCAUCUAGAGGCUGGAGGCUACCAACCGCCAGAGUGCUGCUGCUCUCCAGAAUCUCCUCCAUCCCAGUCCCAGUCCACCAUGUCAGCGACGCCUUCUGGAGCCGUUUCCCCGUCGAGGAAGGAGCAGCCACUAUUUACCCUCAAACAAGUUGGGAUGAUCUGUGAACGCCUGCUGAAAGAAAGGGAAGAGAAGGUGCGAGAGGAGUACGAGGAGACCCUGACAUCCAAACUGGCAGAACAAUAUGACACUUUUGUGAAGUUCACACACGACCAGCUAAUGCGACGAUUCGGUGAACAACCUGCGAGCUAUGUUUCCUGAGCGCACAGGACAGCUGCCUCUCGCUGCAUACAGAUUGUGUGACACCUCCGGGAAGGACAAAAAAAACAAAACAAAAAAAAAACAUCGUUGUUACGAGAUUCAGUUUAGUUUAAAUGAAACUUUUUCUUACUGUGCCAUAUUUCUGUGGUUGGGCAAAUGGUUGUAAACAACCCGGUGCUUCCCGAUGUAAGCGGACCCCUUCUUAUCCCCACUCCCCUUCUUCCCACCUGGGUGAUUGGGCCAAGCUGUGCGCGUGCUGACAGUUGUCACACAUUUUGUGAUAAUUAUCAGCAUUCCCGGCCUGUUCACGCUUCAGUUUGUUACAUGUAAAUAUGUUGGAGCAGCGUUGAGUUUGCUGUCAAACAGAGGAAGCUUGCAGUCGCUCCUGUUUGUUCCUUUUUAUAAUUAAGCACUAAGUAGGUCAAAUAGAUUUUUUUUCUUCCCUUCCUUCCCUGACCAAGCAUUUUAUUUAUUUUCAUUUGUUUUACUGAUAUAACUUUGAACCCAUUGUACUUAAUCAGAAAAACAAUAAAGGACUUAAAGUUAAA